AGAAACAACGCCGCAGUCAUCCUCAAUGUCCGUUCGCUUUUAUGAAGUGUUUAUGAAGUAAACAGCAAAAUAUUUCUGUUUUAAUUUGUUUGAUUUAAUCAGUGGAUUUUUUUAUUUGACUACUACAAAAGGGAAGAACAAUAUAAGGAUGGGCGAGGUGGAGCUAUCCUGUUUGGCUUAUGCCAAGAUGUAUCUUCAUGCCAGUCAGUUUCCACGCUGCAGUGUGAACGGCCUGCUGUUGUCGUCCAGUACAGCAGGGGGAGCCUUAUGCAUCACAGACUGUGUUCCGCUGCUCCACUCACACCUGUCUCUGGCUCCAAUCACACAGCUAGCGCUUACACAGGUCGAUGUUUGGUGUUCACAAACACAGCAGAAGAUUGUGGGGUAUUAUCAAGCUAAUGCUUGUGUGUCAGACAGCAGCCCUACACCAUGUGCUUUGAAAAUUGCAGAGAAGAUCUUCGAGCAGUGCAACAAUGCUGUAUUACUCAUGAUUGAUGGAGAAAAGAUGUUUCCAGGCUGCCGCGUUCCUCCAAUCGUCAUGUAUGAACGCAAAGACACCCGCUGGGCUCUCAAAGACAAACACACAAUAAUGCUUCGACAGUGGGAGGAAACCUGCUCUAUAGUUAAUCAGUUGUUCAGCUCUGGCGAUCAGGCAUUAUUGGUGGAUUUCGACAGCCAUUUGGAUGACAUCACAAAAGAUUGGACCAAUCAGAAACUCAAUGCCAAGAUCAUGGAGCUGGUCUCCCCAGCUAAUGGAAAUGUUUAACAAUAAAGACUAAAUCAGCUCAUAUAAUAGUUUUUUUUUUCAACACAAAAGUCUAGUGUUUUUAAGAUUUGAAACAUUUUCUUACUUUGAUCCUGUUACAUCUGUCAUCUUUAGUCAUUUAAGCUAUUGAUUAUUUAACAUCUAUCUAUCUGUCUAAACAUUAAAUAAAUAUGUAAUUAAA